CAAUUGAUUACGUAACAUUCUCCCAUGAUGCUCUACGCGAGCGCCUCACAAAAAGCCCAAUGAGUCGACCGAGGAGGAGCAGGCUGCCAGCCGAGGGGGGUAGCCGAUACCCGGGGAGGCUUCUCGCUGCUGUCGUCCGAAUCACUACAUUGUGACGGCAGCGGAUUAAAAAAAACAAACGAACAACAAAAGGCAUCAUAAAACAUGGUGCUCAUUCCCAGAGAAGACCUCCUGUUAGGCCUUUGACUGUCGGCAGGUUUGCCACCGCCUUUUCGGGGGAUUCCGCUGUCUUGAGUCCGUCCUGACACCGCCAGGCGAUGACAGCGGCUACGGCCACUCCGCUGGUGAUGAGAGACCGGCUUCUACAGGCCAUCGACGGCCAGAGCAACCAGAUAUGCAACAUGGUGGUAGUUAUGGAGGUGAUCUCCUUUUUGGAGAAGUAUCCUAUCACCAAAGAGGCACUGGAGGAAACCCGUCUUGGCAAGCUUAUCAACGAUGUCAGGAAGAAAACCAAGAACGAGGACCUUGCAAAGAGAGCCAAGAAGCUCCUGCGAAACUGGCAGAAGCUAAUUGAACCAGGAAAGGGUGAGGCGUUGUCCAAAGGACCCAGCGGGGCAUCAUGGACUUCCAAUGGUGGUGCUCAUCCCUUCAGCUCCACUACAGCUGCCACCAUACCAUCAGGUAAAACGGGUCCAGAGUUGAAGAACAGAAAUGACUUCAACAACUGCUACACACCGAGGGUGGAGAAAAUGAGCAACAGAAAACGUAAGGGUGAACAGAAGGAAGGACAGCUCAUACCAGCCAAGAUAUCCAAAACAACUCUUAACGACAAAAUGCAAAACAUCAAACCGCUGUCAACCAAUGGAAUUGGUGGUAGCUCAGAGACUACAGAUACUUGUGCACAUCAGUCUCUGGACAAGGAGAUUUCUGAGCCUUUGGACAAUGACCGGGUAAAUAAAAUCCCAGUCAAUGCUGUAAAACCUCAUCCAAGUGCCCCAGGACACAUCAAGCCUCCCAGCACGUCGUCUUUGCUCAAAGCAUCAGUUUUGCAGCAACAAGCCAGACAGGAGAAGGCUUUCUCCGGUGGGCAGAAUCGACCCAGAAGCCCACGCUGUUCCUUGCACAGUCCUCAAACUCCAAAGCAGGCAGCUGUUAUCAAACAGACUGCGUCACCAAUUCAGGGUCUUUCUAGCCCCAAUGUUAGACCUGCAUCUGUGGACACCUCUGGGCUGGAGCCUUCCAUUCAGCCUUUAAAUGCUUGUGUUCAAGGUUUGCACACAGGCUGUUCAGAUUUGGGUUCUCCAAGCAGGCCUCCCAGUACAUCUCUUUGCAAGUCUUUCGCCUCGUCCUGCAGUGAUGUGCACAGAUUGGAAGAUGAUGGGGCAGUUGGCAAUAUAGAGAAAAGAAAAAGACCGAAAUAUAGGUCUAAGGAUCAUGGGACAUCUUUAGAUGGACAGAACAUAGAUGAUGGCACUAAACCUGUCCGGUUAAAAGACAGAAGACUUACCUUUGACCCUGUAACAGGACAGAUAAAAUCCUCCUUUCAAAAGGAGUCCAGCCAGGAGGGGGUUCGACAGGUCCACAGACCCGAGACUCAAUGGUCUGAGCAGCCGAAGCAGAUCCCACCGGUCCCUCCCAGUCCCUUCCAGCAGACAGACUGGAAAGAGCUGUCGAGGAGCGAUAUCAUCCAGUCGUACCUUAGCCAGCAAAGUAACGUGCUGACAUCGUCAGGCGCAAACACCCCGGGUGCACACUUUUUCAUGACAGAGUUCUUGAAAAAAGAGGAGCCCCGAAGUACAGAUUUCAAGCAAACCCAUGUGUUAGCACCAGAACUCCCAGUCAUAGAUUUACCGGGGGUUAGCAGAGAGGUCAUCAAAGAGGACCUGACCAAAUUACACAAGCAACACUGGUCCGGAGUUAAUGGUUGCUACGACACAAAGGGUGUUUGGUAUGACUGGACAGAGUGCAUCUCUUUAGAUCUGCAUGGAGAUGAGAGCAGGUUGAACAUACUGCCGUACGUCUGUCUGGAUUAAAUCUGGGGUUGGGUUUCUAAAUUGGAAGUUGUGAACUUCCUUCAGCAUGUAGCGGAGCAACUCUGCAAGCCUGAAGGCCCUUUCAGUGUAAGCUGCUGUUUUGCACCAUUGGUGAAAGUGGAAUCUGUGUGCUGUGUUGCACAUGGAAGUGGAAUCAGUGUUUUUAAUGGAGUUUUUGAACAUAGUUUUGGGACAGCACGAAGAACCGAGGCUAUGCAUUAGCAAAACAUUUAGUGUUGGCUGUUUAGUAACUGUAUAGAAGGAGUUCCCAAUAGCCUGCCAUUCUUUUAUAUUGGAAAGGAUCGCACAUUACACUGCAGUUUCAUUUUAUUCAUGUUAGGUUAUUAAUGUGCCAUGUAGAAUGUGACUUUACCCAACUCUUUGUCCACAUACAAUAAGUCCAUUCUGCAGUUUUAUCUCUUCAACUGAAUUAUCGUUCAAUAGAGAGGAGUAAUAUUAUUGGAGCAGAUAACUUAGAUACGUCUAAUGAGGUUUUUGCUUGCUAGUGCAUCUUGAUGACAGCUUUUUAAGCUGAAUUGAAUGCAAUCUUCAAGGAGCCAUCAUCAUUACCAUUGGUACUAACUAUCUGAAGAACUACAAUGUUUACCCUUUGCAAAGCAGUCUUGUGCAGCCACUUUUAGCUGACUUUAAAAUAUUUAAGUAUUGAUCUUGUGUUUGAAUGCGAUGCAAUAAAGUAAAAUGGGUCCGGUUUGGAAGAAUCAAAAGAGAGGUCUGUGUGGUGGUUGAAAAAUGCACAUUGCUGAUAAUGAAAUGUGGCUUUCAUGUAUAUUUAUUUCUAUUUACAUAAUCAUUAUAAGAUUGUUCGUAUAGCCUGAACAAUAUCAAUUUGUUUUGAUUCAUUGGUCCAUAGAUGCAGCAGUAAAUCCAACCUAAUGCUGCUGUACACAGGAAACUGACAUUCUGUAUUGUGAAUUUUAUUUUAUACUUGUCUUUUCCCUUUACUGUGUAUUUAGGCUAUAAAGUAUCAAUUGAAAUGGCAGAGCAGUUAAUGCUACUUGCUUACAUCUUUGUACUGUCAGGAGGAACUGGGAUAUACGUUGACAUGCUGGAUAAAGUACUUAAUAUCAUUCCUGUAGAUAUUGUUUGCCUUAUGGAAACCUGGGUUUUCCCUAAAUACAGAGCCUUAGUGAAUGUACAGAAAUUAGCCUUUUGUGUUCCAUUGAACGCAGAAGAGAAAAUAUUUGCUACUUAGUCCUUUUUAAGUGGACAUGUUAUGUGUUAAUAAAAAAAACAAAGCGCUUUAUUUGUCCUCUUUGUACUUGUUUAUUGCUUGCUUUUUUGCAAAUACAAUUGUAGCUGUUUUGAUUAAUUUAACAGAAAAAUGAUAUGUCCCUUAUCAUUUAUAUAACUUUUCAACCUUUUAAGCAAUGAAACAUUCCUACUCUAAUGUGCUAUUUUGGUUUGUCUUUUGUGUGUCUCUUUUGGGCUCUUUCUGUGAAAUAAACGAAUUAACUGUUAUGCCUUACUACUAAUCUAAUGAAAUGAUCUAUAAUUAUUAUACAACCUGGUAUUUAGAUAUGGCCCUAAAUGCAGUAU